AUGGCGAACAAGUACCCUGGUGGCUAUGAGAAUAGUCAUCAACUUCAUGACAUUCCUCCUGGAAAUAAUUACCGACCCACCGGUCACCAUUCAGACGAUGAAGCCGAACAUUCUUUACUACAUCAAAAUUCCGCAUAUCAAUCUCAAUAUGAAGAUCCUCACUCUCGACCGCUAACACCGGGACAAGAGUCGGUCUAUACAUUGAAUGAGACAUAUGUCGGAGGAGAUGUGUCGAAAGUCCCGACCACGGGUUACAAUACACAAUACAACCAAGUCUAUAGCCAACAACCAGGCUAUGGUCUCACGAAUUCCCAAGCGGGCUUUCCCACUCCCGGUCCACUCGACCCAAACGACAGGAGCAGUUCUACUGAAGCAUGGAGAGAGCGACAGGCUCCCGGUCUUGGUUCAAUCAAACGAUACGCGACCCGAAAAGUCAAACUGGUCCAAGGAAGCGUCCUCAGUAUCGACUAUCCUGUCCCCAGCGCCAUUCAAAAUGCUAUUCAAGCAAAAUAUCGAAAUGAUCUGGAAGGGGGCAGCGAGGAGUUCACACACAUGCGAUACACGGCAGCCACUUGUGAUCCCGAUGAUUUCACAUUGAAGAAUGGGUACAACUUGCGCCCGGCCAUGUAUAAUCGACAUACUGAGUUGCUGAUUGCCAUCACCUACUACAACGAAGACAAGGUUUUGACCGCCCGCACUCUGCAUGGCGUCAUGCAGAACAUCCGCGACAUUGUCAACCUGAAAAAGUCCGAGUUCUGGAACAAGGGUGGACCGGCCUGGCAAAAGAUUGUCGUUUGCCUCGUUUUUGACGGAAUCGACCCUUGCGACAAGAAUACCCUUGACGUCUUGGCUACUAUCGGUGUGUAUCAAGACGGAGUCAUGAAGAAGGAUGUGGAUGGGAAAGAAACCGUAGUUCAUAUCUUCGAGUACACGACACAACUCUCUGUUACUUCUAAUCAACAAUUAAUUCGACCGACUGGAGACGAUGCAACCUCAUUGCCCCCCGUACAGAUGAUUUUCUGUUUGAAGCAAAAGAACAGCAAGAAAAUCAACUCCCAUCGAUGGCUGUUCAAUGGAUUCGGGCGCAUCCUCAACCCGGAAGUGUGUGUCUUGCUUGAUGCCGGAACCAAGCCAGGAUCCAAGUCUUUGAUGGCUCUAUGGGAAGCUUUCUACAACGACAAGGAUCUUGGAGGUGCUUGUGGUGAAAUCCACGCCAUGCUGGGCGGUAAAAUCAUCGGGAAGAAGCUUCUGAAUCCCCUGGUGGCCGCUCAAAACUUCGAAUACAAGAUCAGUAACAUCUUGGACAAACCUUUGGAAAGCUCGUUCGGAUACGUCAGUGUUUUGCCCGGUGCAUUCUCCGCGUAUCGCUUCCGCGCUAUCAUGGGCCGCCCGCUCGAGCAAUACUUCCAUGGUGACCACACUCUAUCUAAGAGAUUGGGUAAGAAGGGUAUCGAAGGCAUGAACAUUUUCAAGAAGAAUAUGUUUUUGGCCGAAGACCGUAUCUUGUGUUUUGAAUUGGUCGCCAAAGCCGGGUCUAAAUGGCAUCUUACCUACGUCAAGGCCUCGAAAGCUGAAACGGAUGUGCCGGAAGGUGCCCCUGAAUUCAUCGGCCAACGUCGACGUUGGCUCAACGGUUCCUUCGCCGCUUCCAUCUAUUCCCUCAUGCAUUUCUCACGCAUGUACAAAUCGGGCCACAGCAUUAUUCGCAUGAUUUUCUUCCACAUCCAGAUGAUCUACAACAUCGUCUCGGUUGUUCUUUCCUGGUUCUCACUUGCAGCAUUCUGGCUCACCACCAAGAUUCUGAUGGAUCUUGUCGGCCAACCGAGCGAAAACAACGACAAUCAGGCUUUCCCCUUCGGCAAUGAUGCGACUCCAAUCAUUAAUACCAUUCUGCAAUAUACCUACUUGGCGUUCCUUUUGUUGCAGUUCAUCUUAGCCUUGGGAAAUCGUCCCAAAGGUUCGAAGAUUGCUUACAUCAUCUCAUUCGCUGUCUUCGCCAUCAUCCAGCUAUAUGUCAUUGUUCUGUCUAUGUACCUGGUUGUACGGGCAUUCACAAGUGAAGAUGGAACGGACAUCGUCACCAAUGAAGGCGCCAAUGAAUUCGUCAAGUCUUUCUUUGCUUCGACGGGACCUGGUAUCGUCAUCAUCGCUCUGGCCGCCACUUUCGGUCUGUACUUUGUGGCAUCAUUCUUGUACAUGGACCCAUGGCAUAUGUUCACCUCAUUCGCUCAGUAUCUGCUUCUCAUGCCGUCUUUCGUCAACAUUCUGAUGAUAUAUGCUUUCAGCAAUUGGCAUGAUGUCUCUUGGGGUACCAAGGGAUCUGACAAGGCAGAUGUCUUGCCUUCAGCACAAACAAAGAAAGAUGAGAAGGGCAAGACAGCUGUUAUUGAAGAAGUGGACAGACCACAGGCCGAUAUUGACAGUCAGUUUGAAGCCACUGUAAGACGCGCAUUGGCCCCCUUCAAGCCACCGGUGGAAAAGGAAGAAAAGACUUUGGAAGACUCGUACAAGAACUUCCGAACUCGAUUGGUGGCCACUUGGAUCUUCUCGAAUGCUUUGCUUGCUGUUGUUAUUACUAGUGAUAGCCUGGAUAACUUUGGAUUCACGUCCCAAGCAACCACGAGAAGCAACCGAUUUUUCCAGACUCUCCUGUGGACCACGGCGGCAUUGUCCUUGAUCCGAUUCAUCGGAUGUUGUUGGUUCCUCGGAAGGACUGGUUUGUUGUGCUGUUUCAACAGACGAUAA